AUGGGAUCCUUACGUUCUUUCAUCAAGUCAGUUCGUAAAGCCAAGACGAUUGCUGACGAACGUGCUGUUAUUCAAAAAGAAUCGGCCGCUAUUAGGACAUCAUUCAGAGAUGUCAGUCUUGAUCAAACAACAAGGCGAAUCAAUAUUUCAAAAUUGUUGUACUUGUACAUUAUGGGUGAAAAGACCCAUUUCGGUCAAGUGGAAUGUCUCAAGUUACUUGCGUCGCCCCGAUUUGCUGACAAACGAUUGGGAUACUUGGCGUGCAUGUUGAUUUUGGAUGAAAAUCAAGAAGUGUUGACCUUGUUGACAAACUCAUUGGAUAAUGACAUGCAACAUCACAAUGCAUACAUUGUUGGAUUAGCGCUUUGUUGUCUUGGUAAUAUUGCCUCACCUGAAUUGGCUCGUGAUUUGUACACCAAUGUGGAAACGAUUAUUGAUUCAAAGAAUAAUUUUUUAAGAAAGAAGGCAUGCUUUGUUGCUGCUAAAUUGGUCGAAAAGGAACCUGAUUUGUCAGAGUUUUUCUUGCCGAAAGCAUUGGAUUUGAUUAAUGAGAAAAACUCAUCGGUGUUGUUGGGUACAUUGAGGUUGAUUGAGGCAUUGUAUUAUGUAUCGAGUGAAAAUAAAUCAGCCUUGACAAAGACAAUUCCCAAGAUUGUUGGUCAUUUGAAACGAGUUACAACUAUGGGGUAUCAACCAGAUUAUGAUGUUAUGGGUACGACUGAUCCGUUUUUGCAAGUUAGUUUAUUGUCUGCUAUCCGAACAUUGGCAAUUGACUUACCCUUUUCAGAAGAAAUUAACGACAUCUUGACUCAAGUUGUAUCGAAUUUGGAUAGUGGAAAAAAUGCUGCCAACGCCAUCUUGUAUGAAUGUGUCAAGACCAUUUUUGCUAUUCAAUCUGAUCAAUCAUUGAAGAUCUUGGGGGUCAAUAUCUUGGGUAAAUUCCUUGCUACAAAGGAUAAUAAUACGCGUUAUGUUGCUUUAGAUACGUUAUUGAGCAUUGUCAAUAUUGAGCCAUUGGCUGUUCAGAGGCAUAGAUCAACCAUUGUCAAUUGUUUAACUGAUGGAGAUAUUUCCAUCAAAAGAAGAGCGUUGGAGUUAUCUUUUGGUAUCAUUAAUGAACAAAAUAUAAGAGUGUUGGCGAGAGAAAUUUUAACGUUUUUGGAAGAGUGCAAUGACCAAGAAUUGAAACUGUAUGUGACUUCACAGUUGACUAUUGCUGCAAACAAAUUUUCUCCAAAUGAUAAAUGGCAUUAUGAUACCUUGGUCAGAACUUUGAAAGCUGGAGGUAACGCGUUAACACCUGAUAUCAUUUCCAACAUGCUUGCUUUGAUUUUGCAGUGUAAUGACCAGGAGUUGAAGAAGCAUGUUGUGUCGAAGUUGUUUUCGUCAUGUUUGCAGGAUGAAAGUCAAUUUGGGUUAGCAUUGGUUACCAUUUGGACUUUGGGUGAGUAUGGGGACAUGAUAUUGGGAUCCACAGUUGAAGUGGGUGACAAACCGGAGCAAGUGACUGAGGCGAAAAUUGUUGACUUGUUUGAUGAGUUGCUUGAUAAUUCUACAUACUCCCGUCAAGAGCACAUUCAAUUGACUGCGUAUGUAUUGACAUCAGCAUUGAAAUUAUCGGUGAAGUUCAAGAGCUCUCAAGUGAUUGAACGGUUGAGGCGAAUAAUCAACUCCAAGACAUACGAUUCAAAUUUGGAGAUUCAAAUUCGAGCAGUGGAGUAUCAAGAAAUAUUUGGCCAGGAUGCGGCAUUGAAGCGCGGGUUGCUUGCUAAAAUGCCAGCGCCACCAAUUAAGGAACGCGAAUCAUUGAAAUUGCACAAGACAGGUAAUAGUCAUAAACGGAAUGAAGGCGGCUCUGGUGGUGGUGGUGCUACUGCUGGUAUUUCCACAAACUCCACUCAAGAUGAUUUGUUGUUGGAUUUAAUUGAUACUGAUGAUGCGCCAGCAACUGCUAAUAAUGAUAUACUAUCGGAUAUAUUUGGUGACAGCAACAAGAAUACAACAAGUCAAGUCGCCAACUCAAGUGCUCAAAAGGGGAUUGUUGCAUUUGAAAAUAGCAAUGUAAAAGUAUCAUUUGUUCCAAGACAAUUUGUUCAUGGUGACGCUACAGUAGAGGCAAUCAUUAGUUCCAAAACUCCAUCCAAAAUCGAUCAAUUUCAACUUUUGAUUGCUGUUCCCAAAACGCAGAAGUUGCACAUCACAUCAACUUCAGGUGGUGAUAGUUUAAUUUACAACCAAAAUCAAAUACGUCAAGUUUUGAAAAUCUCGGGUCAACCGGGAUCCAAGUUGAAGCUUAGGAUCAAGCUUAAAUAUAGGGUAGAUGGUGGAGGUGGCCUAGUGGAAGACCAAUUUGAUUUUGCUGGGUUUAAACAGACGUUAUAG